AUGGUACUUAACAAUUUCUUAUUUUCUGCGAUUUUUAUGCUUCUUUUGUCAAUUGUUUCGGCCAGUGACGCUCAAUAUAACCUUAAGAACCCAGAUUCUGAAAAAGAAAGGCUUCUCUCCACAAUGAUUGGAAUUCAAGGCAUUGUUUAUUGCAAAUCAAGAAGUAAACUCACCCCGCUCCAAGGCGCUGUGGCGAGGAUCACCUGUGAGGGUGUGGAUGAGUAUGGGUACGAAACAGAGUCAUUGUCCAUCUUGAGUUGUGCAACAGAUGAAAAGGGCUAUUUCAUUGCAACCAUAUCUCCUUACGAGGUCAAAGAUCAAAACCAGAGUUUUAGGAAUUGCAAGGCUUUCCUUGAACUCUCUCCCUCCGAGGAUUGCGAUGUUCCCACUGAUGACAACAAAGGCAUUUCCGGUGCUCCUCUCGUCUCCUUCCAACGCCUCCACGACAAGAACAUCAAGUUAUUCACUGUGGGGCCUUUCUUCUUCGUUCCAGAGCAGGAGGCUAAAUCAAUCCCCGACGAUGGAUACUGAAAUAACCGCUGCUAUAAAACAUUCAUUUUUGUUUUACUUCUUUCCAGUAUUGGGAUUCCAUCAAUAACAGAUUGAAAAUAUACUUCAUAGGAACAAUGUAAAGAAUUACAAUUGUUCUUGUUUGGGUGGGAGAAAAUUUGUUUAUAUCCCAAA